AUGGGCGAUAUUGGGAAGACAACUCUUGCUAAGAAGGUUUACAACUGUGAAGAAGUUAAGCGCCAUUUCGAUUGUCGUGCUUGGGCAUACGUAUCGCAAGACUACGGUGUCAAAGACGUCUUCAAGCGAUUAAUAAAAGAAGUCAAGCCUAAUCUCAGUACAGAGGAACUGCAGGAGAUGGAGAUGUUUAGUGAAGUAUAUUUGGAAGAGAAGCUUCGUGAGCUAUUGAAAGAUCGUACGUAUUUGGUGGUACUUGAUGACAUAUGGGACUUGGAAGCUUGGGAGAGUCUGAACAGAGCAUUUCCUGAUGCCAAUAAGAAAGGAAGAGUAAUUCUUGCUACUCGUAACAAAAAAGUUGCUAAAGAGAGUGUUGUCAUUCACCAGCUACAAACUCUAAAUCAAACAGAAAGCUGGGAGCUUUUUAUUGCUAAAGCAUUUGGCAAUGAUGGUUGCCCUGCAAAUUUAGAGGAAUCGGGGAAAGAGAUGGUGCAGAAAUGUGAUGGUUUACCACUAGCUAUAACUAUAUUGGCUGGUCUAUUGAGAGGAAAAUCGCCACAAGAGUGGUUUACAGUGAGAGACCGCAUUGUCCAACAACAAUUGAUGAUGAAAGUCGAAGGAAAAACCAACAUCGAAAAGAUCAUGUCUUUGAGUUACAAUGCUUUACCCUAUCAAUUGAAGGCAUGUUAUCUCUAUAUAGGCUUAUUCCCGGAAGAUUAUGAGAUUGAAGCUGAGGUAUUGAUUCGGUUGUGGAUUGCAGAGGGUUUCAUAAGGUGUGAAAGAGAUGAUACACUAUUGGAAGAUGUGGCUAGUGCAUACUUGGAUGAACUGAUCGACAGAAAUAUGCUUCAAGUGGCAAGAAAAGAUGACUUGGGGAACGUUUGUUCUUGUCGAAUCCACGACCUUCUGCGAGAGUUCUACAUUUCAAAAGGUCGAGGAGAGAACUUUUUAGAUUAUUAUGCUCGUAGUGCCUCUUGCCCCUCAUCAUCAUCAUCUUCAAAUACGACUAUGGCUUCUUCAAGUAGUGUAUGCAUCUCACGACGAUAUGCCAUACAUUCAGGGAUUGGAAGGUAUGAUUUCUCCAACAACCUUUCUAACUCACACCUACGUACGCUACUGUUGUUCAACCGCAAUAGAGGAGAAUCUCUUCAACAACAACAGUUGGAAUCCAUUUCAAAUAUUAGACUGUUGAGAGUGCUUGACCUAUCAAAUGUUGACCUUUCUUCAAGUAUGAAUAGGUUGCCUGAUGCCUUUGGAAAGUUGAUUCGCUUGAGGUACUUGCGAUUGUGUUACACACAUGCAAAGCUUCCAUCAUCCAUAGAGAGGUUGCAGAGCCUACAGACCUUAGAUUUAGGGUGGAGUCCAACAUCUCAUUGGUCAGAUAUAGCUAUUGGUGCUUUAUCCAAGCUGACACAAUUAAGGCACUUGUUUUUAAGUGUUUCAUACUGGAAUGGUUUGGAUAGAGAGGUUGUAAAUAAUUUGCCUCGAAUUGACACCCUAACCAACCUCCAGACUCUAAGGUCGGUGAAUGCCCUUGUUUGGAAACAAAAUGAGAUUACCAAUUUGAUCAAUCUCCGAGAUCUUGAGAUUUUUGGAAUAGAGACAUCAGAUGUGGGGUGGUUGUUGUUAUCAAUCGCUAAGUUGAACAAAAUUCAAUCAUUGCAACUUCAAUUAUCAAAUAAUGAAUCUACGGAGAAGUAUGGAUUUCCAACGUUGGUACCCCUGUCCUAUUGUCAUCACCUUCGAGAUCUGAUUUUAUGGGGAAAGAUAGAAAGGCUACCCAGAAAAUCCGUACCAUGA